GCUGGGACGAGGUGAGCCCGGAACCUGUGCCACAUGUGAGAGUCCGGGACGAGUUGGGAGAACUCGGUUACCUGCUUAGGGGAGCUUCCUGGACUUCCCGGGGAUCUGGUGACCCGCUUGGGGAGUGACCUGGGGCAGGUCUGCCGACAGCCACGGUGGGGUCCAAGCUGUUUGCACUGUUUCCGGGGAUGUUUCAUUGCAUCCCCCUGUGGCGGUGUAACCGUCAUGUGGAGUUUAUGGAUAAGAGGCACUGCUCCUUACUCGCUGUCCCGGAGGAGAUCUACAGGUACAGCCGGAGUCUGGAGGAACUGCUGCUGGAUGCUAACCAACUGAGGGAGCUGCCUAAGCAAUUUUUUCAACUUGUGAAGUUAAGAAAAUUGGGUCUUAGUGACAAUGAAAUUCAACGGCUCCCCCCAGAAAUUGCAAACUUCAUGCAGCUGGUAGAACUUGAUGUUUCUCGAAAUGAUAUUCCUGAAAUUCCAGAAAGCAUCUCAUUUUGCAAAGCACUCCAAGUUGCUGACUUCAGUGGAAAUCCACUAACAAGGUUGCCAGAAAGCUUUCCAGACUUAGAGAGUCUCACUUGCCUUUCCAUUAAUGACAUCUCACUCCAAGCGCUCCCUGAAAAUAUUGGGAACUUAACAAACCUGGUUUCCCUGGAGUUACGAGAAAAUUUAUUGACGUAUUUGCCAGAAUCGCUUGCACAGCUACAUAGGCUAGAAGAGCUUGAUUUAGGAAACAACGAGAUUUAUAACUUGCCAGAAUCGGUCGGGUCAUUGCAUAAGCUGAAGGACCUCUGGUUAGAUGGGAAUCAACUUGCAGAUCUACCUCUGGAAAUUGGAAACCUGAAAAACCUGCUCUGUUUGGAUGUGUCGGAGAACAAGAUGGAAAGACUUCCCGAAGAGAUCAGCGGACUGACUUCGUUGACAGAUCUGCUUGUAUCCCAGAAUUUAAUUGAAGUUUUACCUGAUGGCAUUGGAAAACUGAAGAAGUUGUCUAUACUGAAAGUUGAUCAGAAUCGGCUUGUGCAUUUGACUGAGUGCAUUGGAGAAUGUGAGAGCCUUACUGAACUAAUUCUUACAGAAAACCAACUUCUGGUUUUACCAAGAAGCAUUGGGAAAUUAAAGAAACUCUGCAAUUUGAAUGUCGAUAGGAACAAGUUAAUGUCUUUGCCAAAAGAGAUUGGUGGAUGCUGCAGUCUUAAUGUUUUUUGCGUCCGAGAAAACCGAUUACCACGGAUUCCCUCAGAAAUUGCUCAAGCUACUGAACUUCAUGUUCUUGAUGUUGCUGGAAACCGGUUGUCACAUUUACCAUUAUCAUUGACCUCUCUGAAGUUAAAGGCAGUAUGGUUGUCUGAUAACCAAUCACAGCCUCUGCUUAGCUUCCAGACAGACAUCGAUCCAGAGAGUGGCGAGAAGGUCUUGACAUGCGUAUUACUUCCACAGAUGCCUUCUGAGCCUAGCGGCCAAGACAAUUUACCAAGGUGUGGGGCCUUUGAGAGCCUCGUUAAUGAUAUGUCAGAUGAAACUUGGAACGAGAAAGCCAUGAAUAGAAUUAGUGCCAUACGGUUUUUGGAUGAUGAGAAAGAAGAGGAAGAUGAAACGGCAACCUUUCUGAGACGGGCAACUCCUCACCCUGGAGAGUUAAAGAAUAUGAAAAAGACUGUGGAGAACUUGCGUACCCAUAUGAUUGCUGCUAAAGGACUGGAUUCUAACAAAAACGAGGUCAAUAAUGCCAUUGACAGAGUGACCACGUCUGUGUAGAGUUUCAUCCACCACAUCUUACCUCCUGUGUCUUCCCUUACCGUUGAUGUCUCCCCUGCUUCCAGGACCACAUCCAGCCUUUUGUUUUUACCAGAACAUAAAUCACCUAUCCUGUAUUGCUUUUUAUUCGGGUGCUGUUCACUGGAAGAAUGUGCCUUAUUUCAACCAGAUACUUGCACCCUUACCUCUAAAUUAAUGGGAUAAUUUUAUAUUUGACCAAUCUUUUUUUACUUUUAUUUUUUUACACACUAAUGUGUAUUUGUUUUUCUUUUUGUUGGGAGAACUUUUUUUAAAUGCUGUGGUAUUUUAAGACUGGUUAUUUUUCAAUAUACUGGGGAUAAAGGAUAUAGUUUUUAUGUGAAAAUUUUACUUAUUUUUACUUAUUUGGCAGCUUAACUGGUGUACAUUUUCUGAAAAAAAUAUUGUAUAGGAACUUUGAAAUAUGGUAUGAUUCAUUAAAUGGAAUCUAAAAUGUGGUACAUAUGUUAAUAAUUGUCAAGUAGAGAAUUUCAGUUGAAAUCAAAAUUACUUUUGUUUUUCUUUUGUUAAAAAAAAAAAAUCACUCAGUAGUGCCUUAUGGGCUUCAUAUCAAGGCAAUUCAUGAAUGGAGUUUUUUGGGAGAACCAUUGAUAAGGAAUAAUUCUAUGGCUCACGCAUCUUAGUUGUUCAUCUAAAUGCUGCUCUUGUACAAGUUGUGAGUUGAUUUAUAAUGUAGCCUGGGAUUGUCAAAUAUGUAAACAUUUUCAGUAAUAUGAUGCAACAUAUUUUGGUGUGAUGGCAUUAAUAUUUUGCCUUGUCUUAGCUUUGUUUCUUCAUCUUUAACAGCCUUAAAUGACUACUGUCAUGCAAGAACAUUGCAUAAAUAGGACACCAAAUGAUCUAUGCACUUGAUAACAAAUGUGUUGCUCAGUAGAGGAAAAUUAUGCUUGUGCUACAAAGGUUGUAGUGUGAGCACAAUUCAGGAUCAUGCUUAGCCAGAGAUGAGACCUUCCUGUUACACCGCUUGCAUAGAAGAGGUAAUUAUAUAUGUUUAUCCAUAGCACAGUGUCAAGUUUUACUGAACUGGGCCUCUUUAUUUUGGAACCUUCUGGUGCCUUUCUAGUAAAUGAGAUGAGAGGUAGAUCUGAGAAGUUGAACAAUGUUAUGAUGCUUUUCUGUUCUAGCUCUAUGAGACCAAACAUCAUCAUUGCCUGUUUUGAACUCCUGUUAAUUAAUAGGAAGCACAUACCCUCUAGUGCAAUAAUGAUUUCAAUGACUAUUGUUUGCUUUGUAAUGUGAAAUGUACUGUGUAUAAAUGGACCCAGCAAAUAUUUUCACACAAUAACUUGAUCUUUCACAUAAAAUAAAGAUUAACAAAGGAGGUUUUGUGACCUAAAAUAAUAAUAAAAAUCCUCAGUAGGCAACAUUG